AUGGAGUUGGAAUUCUCCAUUAAGGACAUGUUCUUCAUUGCUUGCCAGCCCAGAAAUCUUUUCUCCAAGUUAAAUAUAUCUAACACGUGUUUUUGUGUGUGUGUGAUUGAUGAUGGAACAGAAGAGGCAAGAAUGGUGGUGGUGGUGGUGGCAAGGACAUGCGAGUCUCAGAGUCAUCAUUUCAAAGGGCCGUGCUUGAGUGAUCACAAUUGUGGGCUUGUCUGCAGGGACGAGGGAUUCGGCAAUGGGUGGUGCAGGGGUGUCAGACACCGUUGCUUCUGCACUAAGCCGUGUUAA